AUGGCGUCCAGUAUUGCCAGGUUUGCAGCAACCCCGGAGCUGUUGAUGUGUCUGGCAGACCAGUGGAAGCAGAUCCACAACCGAAAGACCCUCCUCAGUCUCUCACAAACAAGCAGACUCUUCAACACCGUAUUCGCGGUCUUCUUGUACAAGGAGCUCACUCUCAAGGUCCCCAACACCGGGAAAUUCUACACCCUCCUCACGCCAUCCAACCUCGAGCAUGUGCGGAGCCUGAUUACACACCCCGUCGAGCUGUACAGCGGCGGGGUGGAAUCUGGAAAGCGCAACAGUCUCCUGCAACUGCUUCUCCCUCAUCUCCCACAACUUACUACUCUAAGGUGGGAGGGUCUGAACCUGACGGCAGAUACUGUACGCAUGAUACACCGUCAUUGUCCCCAGCUGGAAUCUCUUCAUGUCAAAUAUACCGGAAAAGAGAUCGGCCGGUUCAAGAUGCCCUCAAGGCCAUUCAAUGGUUUUAACCAUUGGGCGUGGUCGGACUCGUCCAGCAACCAUAUUCAAGAACACCAUCCGGUGUUUCAUAAUCCAGGCUUUGAGUCUUUUACAGGGCUGAAAGAACUAUGCCUUUACGGGCUCUUUGGGGAUCUGGAAUCCUGGUGUCACAAGAUCGUGGCGAUUGCUGUCAGCUGCCCCCAGCUCGAGACGCUGGGGCUGUCGCACAGCUGCGACACCCAGAAACUCACGGGCUAUUAUGACACGAUGGAGCCGGUCGGUUUCUUCGACGACAUAUGUAGCCAAUACGGAGAGACAGGAGCGGCACCACUACGCCUCAAGACACUUCACAUUGGCGACGGAGGUUUGCUCAGAGGAGGCAUCGAAAUUAUGAACAAGCUGACAGACGUUGCCUUCCUCGAGGAGCUAGGAGCCUACGACGACUCCGAGGCUUGGUGCAACGAUCAAACCGUUGAGGCUUUCACCAAGACGAAGCUGCCACGGCUUCGUCGCCUCAUCAUGAAGUGGAUGCCCCUUGAGCUGAUUACCCACCUCAAGUCUGACAGGGCGGAGGACUUCUCACAGCAACUGGCCCUCCUCGCUUUGGAUUUCCCUCAGGGGGCGCUGGGAGGGGUCAACCCCGCCAAGCUCAGAAUGACCUCUGUCAUGCUCCUUCCCAGUCCUGCUGUCCCCGAUGACAUGGCCUCGCGGCUGGGUGAGCUUGCCGACAGGUGUGGAGACGUACUCGAGGGGAUAGCCUUCUAUGUAGGCAAUAGUCCAUGCCCAGCACGCGUGACCAAGCUCGUCCUGGAUAACCUCGUGGAGGUCGCGACCAGGCUGGUCAAGCUGACCCAGAUCUACAUCUGCUUCCCAGAUGGAAGAGACCAGAAAUACAGCCCCAGCGACACGUAUCUCGAAUUUGACUCUGCGUACUGCGCGGACCUGGCGUGUCGGUUAGUCAGGGCGGCGCCGCGCCUUCGCUACCUCUGUAUCCGAGGGGUCUUCUGGGAGGCGCAAAAGAGUGUCGACGGUACGGUGAAGCUGAUCGAGCUCGAGAGGCAAGAUUGGAGGCAUGUCGAGCUGUUCAAGAUGGCGACAGAGGGUGAGGGACUGGUAUGGGAUGAUCGUGAUAUCCAGAAAUACUAG